AUGUCCAAAUCCACCAAAUACCUCCUCAUCUCCCUCCCCACGUCGAUUACCCCAUCGCACCACCGCGACGAUGCUCUCGACGCCAUAACAGCUACAAUCUCUCCAGAUAACGGCUCUGUCACUCCGUUUCCAAUUCCCGAAUUCAAAAUUGGCACGCUUGAUGCCCUCGUGCAGCAGGCCGACGAGCUGGCGAAGCUGGAGGCUGCUUGCCAGGGCGUCGUUGGAAAGGUCGGCGAUGCUUUGAGGAAUAUCCUAGACGGUGAUGAAGGGCAGAUUGAAAAGAUGAAGACGGUGAAUGAUAAGCCUGUGGAUCAGUACCUUCGGACAUUCUCGUGGAAUAAGGUCAAAUACCGGGCGGAUAAGUCGUUGGCGGAACUGAUUGAUCUGCUACAAAAGGAGGCAGCUAGCAUCGACAACGAUGUCCGGUCGAAAUACUCCCAGUACAACCAGGUCAAGAAUACGCUGGCCACUCUUCAACGGAAACAAACGGGAAACCUCGCCACCAAAUCCCUCGCCGCCGUCGUCGACCCCCGUACCCUCGUCCAGAACUCCGAAUACAUCGAGACACAUCUCAUCGCAGUCCCAGGACAACAGGUGAAGGAAUUCCUCAAGACCUACGAAACCAUAGCGCCAAUGGUCGUCCCCCGCUCCGCGACCCUAGUGGCACAAGACGACGAGUUCACACUGUAUGCCGUAACGACAUUCCGGAAGCACAGCACGGAGUUUGUCCACAAGUGUCGCGAGCAGAAAUGGAUCCCGCGUGACUUCAAGUAUGUCGAGGGCGGGAAGGAGGAGGAGCGCCGGGAGGUCGAGCGGGUCGGCGGAGACGAACGCAAGCUUUGGGGUGAGACGCUGCGGCUGGGACGCACGGCGUGGAGCGAGGCGGUCAUGGUAUGGGUGCAUGUGCUUGUGCUCCGGGUGUUUGUCGAGACUGUCCUUCGGUACGGACUGCCGCUCGACUUUGUCUGCACACUUGUCAAGACACCUGGCACAAAACAAGCCGACAAGGCGAAGCGGAACCUCGACGAAAAGUACUCGUACCUGGCCGGAAACGCCUUUGGACGAGACAAGAAGGGCCGGGUCAAGAAGGACGACCCGAACGAGCUACAUGCUGUUGAGGGCGCUGCAGCAGAGUACACGGCCUAUGUGUCUUAUGAUUUCGAAUUCAAUUAA